CUCUCUCCUUACCAACCAAACGCAGUGGCAGUACUAGUAGCGUCCAAGAUCCCCAUCAACCAGAGCAGCAGCAGCGGAGCGGCAGAGGAUCGGAGGCAGGCAGGGAGCUCACCCACCUCCACCGCCAAAAGCUUUCCCUUCCUCCAUCCAUCAGGAUUCAGGCAUCAGCCCCCACCACCUCAAAAAACAACCUCAGAUUCGUUUGUUCACUUCACUCACCCAGUUAACUUUGCGAGGAGAGAGAGAGAGGCAGUUUGAGUGCAACGCAAGCCAAGCCGGUGUCAGGCUCAGACCCCGCCCAGGAGGAGCAGCAGCUGACACAGCUUUCUUCUUCCUUCCUGCUUCCUCCUCCAGUCUCCAGAGCAGUGGUGUCGUGGUGGGAGCGCACCCGCACCCGCACCCGCAUCACAAGGCGGCAAACGCAAGCGACCAACAAAUUAAGGAGAAUGCAGCAGCAGACCACGGGUGGGGUCGCCACCAGGAGGCGGCUGUCGGUGCCGAGGGGUGCCGGUGCGGCGGCGGCGGCGGCAUCGGCGGCGUCGGUGUGGGAGACGAGGAUGAAGAUGGACGAGGUGAAGGGAGGGGUCAAGGUGUUCAGCGCCGGCGGGGACGACGCCGACGAGGAAGGGCUCAGGGUCUACCGCCGCCUCAGGCGCAACCAGAGCGACGGCGGCGGUGGCGCGUCGGGGUCGACGAAUGCGGCGGCCGCGGCUAAGAAGAGGCGGAACUGGAAGGCGUCCGAGCCCGUCACCGCCAUCGGGGACCUGCGCAAGUCGCGCUCCGACGUCGCCGUUGCCGCCGCGGCGCCGGCGGUCGGGAUCGUCACCACCGCCAAGCGCUCCGUCACCAGGGUCACCACGCCGGAGAAGAAAGUGGCCGCCUCCGCCGCUGCCGCCGAGGUCAAGGAGGUGGUUGUGGUGGAAGUGCCGGAAACCAACAAUUUGGAUGAGGAAACAGAGGAGGAGGAGGACGAGGAGGAAUUGGAAGAAGAGCUCGAAGCAGAGGAUGAGGAGGAGGAGGAGGAGAAGGAGGUGCUCGACCAAGAUCACAUGGCCAUUGACGACGACGAAGCUGCAAAAUCAACAGCUCCGCAUCAAGUGGAUGACCAAGAUCUUGAGCCACCGACAAAAAGAGGGGUUAAGAUUGUCCCAACUUCAGUGGAGGAUGAGAGAGCGGCAAAUCCGGAGCCAGUCAAGCCUCCAGUAAAGAAGCUUGCCGCAACAAUUGAUCUCCGGGCGGUGAACCCAGAGCCAGUGACCAUUCCACCAGUGGAGAAGAAGGCUAUGCCAGUGAUAAUUCACCGGAUGACGAACGCAGAGCCAGCUAAACCUUCUCCAGAGAAAAAAGCGUCGCCACUGAACGGCCGCCGGAUUCCCAAGCAAGAUCCAAUCAGUGCUCCUCCUGUCGAAGAAGAGUACGAGGAGAUUCAGGGCAGGCCAUCAGUACCCAGCAGAAGCAAUGGAAGAAUGCAGAAUAUUGUGGAUUUGGUCAUGUGGAGAGAUGUCUCCAAGUCUACACUUGUCUUUGGAUUAGGGACUUUUUUACUGAUCUCCUCCUCCUAUGCCAAAGACCUAAACUAUAACACAAUCACAGCAGCUUCAUAUCUUGGCCUAGUCUACCUUGGUCUAAGGUUCCUUAGCAAGUCCAUACUUAACAGGGGAGAGAAUGUGGACUGUGAUGAUGCUGAGAGGAGUGGUGAAAGGUACCUGGUGGGGGAGGAGGAGGCCAUCUGGCUGCUCAGGCUUGUUCUGCCUUACAUCAAUGAGGUGCUCCUGAAUCUAAGGUCCCUCUUCUCUGGUGAGCCUGCAACAACCAUGAAGCUGGCACUCCUGCUGUUUGCAAUGGCCCGGUGUGGCAACUUUGUCACCCUCUGGACACUGGCAAAACUGGUGUUCUUUGGGGUCUUCAUCAUUCCGAAGGUGUGCUCAUCUUACUCCACCCAGCUUGCAAGAUAUGGGAGGUUUUGGCUGGAGAGGUUCAGGGAUGGAUGGGAGUCCUGCUCCCACAAGAAGGCGGUCGUGGCAGCCGUCUUCACCCUUGUCUGGAACGUCUCAUCCACGGUUGCUCGUGUCUGGGCUGUGUUCAUGCUGGUGGUGGCCAUGAAGUGCUACCAGCAGCGGAUGAUGGAGUACGGCUGGAGCAGCACGGUGGAGGACUCACAGGAGGCCACCGCCGCCGCCACCGGCGACGAUGAGUCACCGCAGGAAGAAACUCCUGCUAGAUCAAGCCCGGCCAAGGCGCACGACCACGAGCCGGCACAGGGAUUUGGGGCGGCGGCGCCGGCGCGGCAUCGCCGGACGCCAGUCUCCGGCGAGUUUGCAAGGGAGAGGCUGAGAGUGAGGGGUGGCAUCCAGCCUAGGUGACAGGACAAAUCUGUGGAUGCCGUAUGUUUUUUUUUUCUUUCAUUUUUUUUACAUUGUGGUAGUUUUGGGUUGUGAGGACGUAAUGUCACGAAAUGGUUCACGGAAAUAAUGAGUAUGAUCCACACAUAGGAGUUCCAUAUAAUAGAAUGGCUAUAGAAAUUAAUAUAUUUCUCCACACA